AUGCCUUGGAUUCUGAAGCUCAACAAGCUGUUUUCGCGCAGAUGGCGUGGCCGAAGGCUCCGAAAACAGAAAAAGGAUUCAAAAAGCGAGUCCAAGGAUACUGCCAUCAAGAGAAAGGGAAAUCGCUUGCCUGUGGGUAAAAGAUGGAGAAACUGCUCGGAUUUUGACUCCUGGUUGCGAGAAACGUACAUGCCGUUGGAUGGCGCCUGCAUACGGGAUUUCAAGGCUUCCUACAACCCUCCUAACAGGGGCUUUCCUGAAUGGAUACAGCACCGAGCAGAGCAGUAUAUGGUGACCCUUCAGGAAUUGCUUCAACAGGCGGGUAUUAAGGGUAUUCAAUGGUUCAAGUUCCCAAUUGCCGACGAGAGUGUGGACGAGCUGGUACGGGUUUUUGGAUUACUGCUACGCGAAACUCUACACAUGCCUCCCUUGGAUUCCCACAGGCUCUACUUUUGUUAUAAGACCAUGCGAGAGUACCUUCCUGACCCAGUCUUGCUGGUCAGUCCAGCUUUGGACACUCAUAACCAAUCACUCUGCGUAGCCGAGUUCGGAAAGGAAGAGCCAAUAGCUGUCCCAACUACGCCUCGAUUUGGAAGCCAUUGGAGGAAUUGCCGAACCGUUGACGACUUUGCGAGACUUUUCAAUCUGGAUGACGAUGCGAAGGGUUACAUCGCUCCGCCCGGCUCAAAAAUCAAACCAGAUCUCCCGGCUUGGCUGAAAGAAGGUGCCGAGGAGUAUCUGGAUGUUGUACUAAGAUUUCUGAAAAAGGGUGAAUGGGAAGGUAUUCACUACAGCAGAGCCGCUCAAGUUUCCCGAGAUGAUGAGAACGCUCUGAUUCAUAUAUACGUGGAACUAAUGAAAAUAAGCCCAUACUUCGAGAUGCAGAGGCUAUCUAGCUAUCAUGAAGCACUGCUAAGAUUGCUGCCCAUCUGGCACCGCCCGCCAGUCCAUAAAUGGAAGCCUGCUCUUUUUCCCAAUCGUUCCCUACAUGAUGUGACUUGGCCUCUCUACGGGGAGAUCCUGCGUCGAUUUCAAGAAUUUAAUAUCCAUCGCAACGAGCUCUACCGCGGUGUUGCGCCUUUUACUGCUCUCGUGGGCCCUGAAAAAUAUGGCAAGAGUUUUUUUGUGCAGCAGAUGGCUCUACAAGGCUACACAUAUGUUGUAUACCUCUUGUUGCAGACGGACAAGGCUUAUCUCCAGUGGAGAUCACCCGAAGACCAUACUUUGGCGAAAUCACCAUGUGAAGGUCUCCCGAAUCGGCAACGAAUACUUGAGUGCUUCAUAGCUGUCAAUCUCGUCAAUGUUAAGCUGUGCAGAGAUGUCGGCAUCUGUCCCCGAGCAUUCUUCGACAUGCAGACUCAGAUCCCGUUCAACAACUUGUUCGAGGAGUUCAAGAAGAUGCUAUGGCAGGCAUUUGAAAGUUUAACACAAGCUGUUCACCGUGUGACUGAGCGGCUACGGCCACCGGGCCGUCGGGACGAAGAUGACAAGUAUUGGAACCAGGCUUUGAAAUACUGUCUAGGCAAGUACGCGGCACUCAUGUGGAGGAAAUUUUUCACUCUCCGUGCAGUAUUGCCAAUUUACCAGGGGUACCAUGAUUGUUCAGACCGUCCCAGCGAUACUGCCCUCAAAGAAGGGAGUCCCGCUAUGGUCUUGUGCAUCGAUGAACAGCACCUGAACGCCGCAUGGCUUCCCAACAAGGAGCGUAAGUUGGCGUGGUAUAACGAGAUGAUAAAAGCCACCUCCACUCGCGUAAAGCACCAAUGGGAUGCCCCAGAAGACCGUUUCUUUGCGUUGUUCGUACAUCGAGAGUCAUCUGAUAUGCCGCCGAAGCCCUAUCAUCCCUUCCCUGAUAUUCAGAUCGAGCAUUUGAAAUAG